AGCCCCAGACAGAACUUUGGAGCUACAGGUGCCUCCUGACUUCUCUGCCCCCUCCCCCAAUCUGGGUUUCCCUUACUGCCCUGCUGGUGUGGCCAGGCCCCAAGUGUAGGAUGGAGCUUCCCAUACCCAGGAUGCCAAGUGUGUGGUCAGCAUGCAGGGUAACACCACCUCCAUCAUCAAUCCCAAACAGAGCAAGGAUGCCCCCAAGAGCUUCACCUUCGACUAUUCUUAUUGGUCACACACUUCGGUGGAGGAUCCGCAGUUUGCAUCUCAACAGCAGGUGUAUCGAGACAUUGGAGAAGAGAUGCUGCUGCACGCCUUUGAAGGCUACAAUGUGUGCAUCUUUGCCUAUGGGCAGACGGGGGCUGGGAAGUCCUACACCAUGAUGGGGCGGCAGGAACCGGGGCAGCAGGGCAUUGUGCCUCAGCUCUGCGAGGACCUCUUUUCUCGAGUUAACGUGAACCAGAACACACAGCUUUCCUAUUCUGUGGAGGUGAGCUAUAUGGAGAUUUAUUGUGAGCGAGUACGAGACCUCUUAAACCCCAAGAGUCGGGGCUCCCUCCGUGUCCGGGAGCACCCCAUCCUGGGCCCCUAUGUACAAGACCUGUCUAAAUUGGCUGUGACUUCCUAUGCAGACAUUGCUGACCUCAUGGACUGUGGAAAUAAGGCUCGAACUGUGGCUGCCACCAACAUGAAUGACACCAGCAGCCGUUCCCACGCUGUCUUCACUAUUGUCUUUACUCAACGCUCCCAUGACCAGCUUACUGGCCUGGAUUCAGAAAAGGUCAGUAAGAUCAGCUUGGUGGACCUCGCUGGGAGCGAGCGGGCUGACUCCUCAGGGGCCCGGGGUAUGCGUCUAAAGGAAGGCGCCAACAUCAAUAACUCCCUGACUACUCUAGGGAAGGUGAUCUCAGCCCUGGCAGAUUUGCAAUCAAAGAAGCGGAAGUCAGAUUUUAUACCUUAUAGAGACUCUGUGCUCACCUGGCUGCUCAAGGAGAAUUUGGGUGGGAACUCACGCACAGCAAUGAUUGCAGCCCUGAGUCCUGCUGACAUCAAUUAUGAGGAGACACUCAGCACGCUCAGGUAUGCGGACCGCACCAAGCAGAUCCGAUGCAAUGCUGUCAUCAACGAGGACCCCAAUGCCCGGCUUAUCCGAGAGCUGCAGGAGGAGGUGGCCCGUUUGCGGGAGCUGCUGAUGGCUCAGGGACUCUCAGCCUCUGCUCUAGGAGGUCUGAAGGUGGAAGAGGGGAGUCCUGGAGGGGCUCUGCCAGCUGUGUCAUCUCCUCCGGCCCCAGCUUCACCCUCAUCUCCUCCUCCACACAAUGGGGAGCUGGAGCCUUCAUUUUCCCCCAGUGCUGAGCCCCAGAUUGGGCCUGAGGAGGCCAUGGAGAGGCUGCAGGAGACAGAGAAGAUUAUCGCUGAGCUGAAUGAGACUUGGGAGGAGAAGCUUCGUAAGACAGAAGCUCUGAGAAUGGAGAGAGAAGCAUUGCUGGCCGAGAUGGGCGUGGCUGUCCGGGAGGAUGGUGGUACUGUGGGUGUCUUCUCUCCAAAAAAGACUCCCCACCUGGUAAAUCUGAAUGAGGACCCCUUGAUGUCUGAGUGUCUCCUCUACCACAUCAAAGAUGGUGUCACAAGGGUUGGCCAGGUGGAUGUGGACAUCAAGUUGACUGGACAAUUCAUCCGGGAGCAACACUGUCUCUUCCGCAGCAUCCCGCAGCCUGAUGGAGAAGUGAUGGUCACAUUGGAGCCUUGUGAAGGAGCUGAGACAUAUGUCAAUGGGAAGCUCGUGGCGGAGCCGCUGGUGCUGAAGUCAGGAAACAGGAUUGUAAUGGGCAAGAACCAUGUUUUCCGCUUCAAUCACCCGGAGCAAGCACGGCUUGAACGAGAACGAGGGGUGCCCCCACCCCCAGGACCUCCCUCUGAGCCUGUGGACUGGAAUUUUGCUCAGAAAGAGCUGCUGGAACAGCAAGGCAUAGAUAUCAAGCUGGAAAUGGAGAAGAGGCUACAGGACCUGGAGAAUCAAUACCGGAAAGAAAAGGAAGAGGCUGACCUUCUGCUGGAGCAGCAGCGGCUGUAUGCAGACUCUGACAGUGGGGAAGACUCUGACAAGCGCUCUUGUGAAGAGAGCUGGAGGCUGAUUUCCUCCUUGCGGGAGCAACUGCCUCCUACCACAGUCCAGACCAUUGUGAAGCGCUGUGGCCUGCCCAGUAGUGGCAAGCGCAGGGCCCCUCGUAGAGUUUAUCAGAUCCCUCAGCGGCGGAGGCUGCAGGGCAAAGACCCCCGAUGGGCCACCAUGGCUGACCUGAAGAUGCAAGCAGUCAAGGAGAUAUGCUACGAGGUGGCCCUGGCCGACUUCCGUCAUGGACGGGCAGAAAUUGAGGCCCUGGCUGCCCUCAAGAUGAGGGAGCUGUGUCGCACCUAUGGCAAGCCUGAGGGCCCUGGUGAUGCCUGGAGAGCUGUGGCCAGGGAUGUCUGUGAGACUGUGGGUGAAGAGGAAGGAGGUGGAGGUGGUGGAGGUGGCGGUGAGGAAGGAGCCCGGGGAGCAGAGGUAGAAGACCUCCGGGCUCACAUUGACAAGCUGACAGGGAUUCUGCAGGAAGUGAAGCUGCAGAACAGCAGCAAGGACCGAGAGCUGCAGGCCCUCCGGGACCGGAUGCUCCGCAUGGAGAGGGUCAUCCCACUGACCCAGGAUCUUGAAGAUGACAAUGAAGAAUCAAGUAUGGUCACCUGGGGCCCACCAGAAGGCUCAGAGGCAGUAGAGGAGGCAGUGCCCAAUGACCACUCACAGGCUCCCUGGCCCGCUUCACCACCCCUGUCCAGCUGGGAACGGGUGUCCAGGCUGAUGGAGGAGGAUCCUGC